GCUCCAGAUGGGGCUGAAGGUCUGAACUGCCACUUUUAAAACCACACCUUGCCCUUGGCAUCUUUCAUACAGCCCCUACCCUAAGCGUCUCCAGUGCUGGUUUAACUCAUUCGAAGGAUCACCUACAUUGAGCUCGGCCAGUGCUGUUCGUCCUAUCCUACUGGCAAGGGCAGAGGUACAUGGGGCCCAGGUGCUUGGCUAGUUAGUGGUCCACCCUGGGGCUGGGCUGGAACCCAGGACAGCUGCACAGGGGCAUGUGUGGGUGUGCACACUGGCUGCCUCGUGCCCACCUUCGAGGACAUGGAACAGCCUCUGGGGACAAGGCUGCCUGGGGCCUGCUGGCUCUGAUCCCACCACCGCCGCCGGCUUGGUGUGGGGGCACCUGUGCACUUAGCCUUGAAGCCUGGAGCUGAAGGGGGCCGGGGUGUACCCUGCUCCACCCCUCCUCUCCUGCCCAUCUCUCCUGCAGCCAGAGCCCCACUCCUGGUAGUCCAGGAGCUUAUCAGAGGCCCCUACAAUUAUAAUUAUUUGUGAGCCUCUGAUUACAGUACAACUUGCAGGAUUAGCCAGUCGGAUUAGCCGCUCAGGUAAUAGCCAGGCAUCAGGGGGAAACCCAUGACUCAGCAGUCCUUGGAGUAAAUAAUUGAACUGACAGCCUGGCACAUACAGAGCUAGCUCCAGGAGGUCAGCAGCAGACCCGUGCCGUCUCCACUCUCCCACCCCUAACAGAAGCAGAGGGCUCAGAGGUCCACCCGGCGGGCGGCCCAGGCCCUUGAUAUCCACAGUCCCAAGCCUGGGAGGGCCCCAGGUUGGCGUGGGGCUUGGCACUACAGAAUGGAAUCAUCCCCUGAGGCCCCACAGCAGGGUAAGGGGUUGGUGCUGGUCCGCCGGCAGCCACCCAAACCCCGAGGCCGGAUGGAGACGCUGAAGGCCAGGCUGCAGCAGAGCUGUAGGUGCAGCGUGCCACGGGCAUGGGGGCUGGUGCAGGACCUGAUCCCCGCCACACGCUGGUUGCGUCAGUACCGCCCCCAGGAGUACCUGGCAGGUGACAUCAUGUCUGGGCUGGUCAUUGGCAUCAUCCUGGUGCCACAAGCCAUUGCCUACUCCCUGCUGGCCGGGCUGCAGCCCAUCUACAGCCUCUACACGUCGUUCUUUGCCAACCUCAUCUACUUUCUCCUGGGCACCUCGCACCACGUAUCUGUAGGCAUCUUUAGCUUGCUGUGCCUCAUGGUGGGGCAGGUGGUGGACCGCGAGCUCCAGCUGGCUGGCUUUGACCCGUCCCGGGAUGGCAACAGCAGCACCGUGAACAGCUCGGUGGCCAUGUUGGAGCCUGGUCUGCAGGACUGCGGGCGGGAUUGCUACGCCAUCCGUGUGGCCACUGCCCUCACGCUGAUGACAGGGAUUUACCAGGUCCUCAUGGGCAUUUUCCGGCUGGGCUUCAUGUCCACCUACCUCUCGCAGCCACUGCUGGACGGCUUUGCUAUGGGGGCCUCGGUGACCAUCCUGACCUCGCAGCUCAGGCACCUGCUGGGGGUGCGGGUCCCCCAGCACCAGGGGCUCAGCAUGGUAGUCCGAACAUGGUUGAGCCUGCUGCGAGGCCUGGGGCAGGCCAACGUGUGCGAUGUGGUCACCAGUGCUGUGUGCCUAUCGGUGCUGCUGGCGGCCAGGGAGCUCUCGGACCGCUGCCGGCACCGCAUGAAGGUGCCACUGCCCACAGAGCUGCUGGUCAUCGUGGUGGCCACUCUUGUGUCCCACUUUGGGCAGCUCCACAGCCGCUUUGGCUCAAGCGUGGCCGGCCACAUCCCCACGGGCUUUGUGCCCCCACAGGCACCAGACCUCGAGCUGAUGUGGCGCGUGGCACUGGACGCUGUGUCCCUGGCCCUGGUAGGCUCAGCCUUCUCCAUCUCGCUGGCCGAGAUGUUUGCCCGCAGCCACAGCUACUCUGUCCGUGCCAAUCAGGAGUUGCUGGCUGUGGGCUGCUGCAACGUGCUGCCCGCCUUCUUCCACUGCUUUGUCACCAGCGCUGCCCUUUCUAAGACUCUGGUGAAGACAGCCACUGGCUGCCGGACGCAGGUGUCCAGUGUGGUCAGCGCAGCUGUGGUGUUGCUGGUGCUGCUGGCACUGGCACCACUAUUCCGGGACCUGCAGAGGUGCGUGCUGGCGUGUGUCAUUGUGGCCAGCCUUCGGGGUGCCUUGCGCAAGGUCAGGGACCUGCCGCAGCUGUGGCGGCUGAGCCCGGCUGAUGCGCUGGUCUGGGCAGCCACUGCAGCCACCUGUGUGCUUCUCAGUGUCGAGGCCGGGCUGCUGGCCGGGCUGCUGCUCUCGCUGCUCAGCCUGGUAGGGCGCACACAGCGCCCACGGGCUGCCCUGCUCGCCCGCAUUGGGGACUCGGCCUUUUACGAGGAUGCAGCAGAGUUCGAGGGCCUGGUGCCCCCAGCCGGCGUGCGGGUAUUCCGCUUCUCUGGACCUCUCUGCUAUGCCAACAAAGCCUUCUUCCUGCAGUCACUCUACAGCCUCACGGGGCUGGAUGCAGGGCGCUUGGCUGCCAGGAGGAAGGGGCAGGGCUCGGAGCUGGAGGCCGGUGAGGGGGAUCGCAUGGAGGGCAGAGAUCCUGGGAGCAGCCAAGCUAGGCUGGUGCCCAUGGUGGCUGGGUUCCACUCGGUGGUCAUUGACUGCGCCUCCCUGCUCUUCUUGGACAUGGCCGGCAUGGCCGUGCUGCAGGACCUGCGCCGAGACUACAGGGCUCUGGGUGUCAGCCUGCUCCUGGCCUGUUGCAGCCCCUCAGUGAGAGACACCCUUCACAGAGGAGGAUUCCUGGGGGAGGAGCAGGAAGCCGAGAACAAGCAGCUGUUCCCCAGUGUGCACAGUGCUGUAGAGGCUGCGCAGGCCCACUAUGGGCAGCUGGUGGCCACCGACUCUGCCCUGUAGCAGUGCUACGGCCUGAACUCUGGGAGCCUGAGGCAGACCGCUGAGGGUCACCAUCACCAAGCUCCUGGGGUGACACCAGGGCCUGAGUCAUGCCACAGAUGCACCCUGGCCCUGGGGAGCCAGGGAACCCCAACUGGGAAUGGGGAGGGCGGCACCAGAACACACAUGAGGACCUGGUGCUCAGUGACCUGGAACUCUGCCUCUGGGACCAGCCAUGCCUUCCUGGGGCCAGUGCCCACACCGUGCCUUGACCUGAGCUUGGAAGGGCCAGGUCCUGGUGGACACCAUUAUUAGAACAGAAUCCUGCAAGUGUGGAGAGAGACACCCUGUCCCACAGCCCGCCCAGCUCCUGCCCCACCUGGAAGGGCCUGGGACAGCGCGUGAGUGUCUGUCUCUAGAGCCACCCACACCCAAGUGCCCCUCACACCUGGUGCUCGGCCCUGCAGGCCAGGCGCUGGCUCCAAGGCAGUGGGUCCGGCACCAGGGCUGAAGGUCACGCGGCCAGCACAACCUCAGCCGGGGCUUGGCAUUCCUCGUGCACAGCUAGACCAGCAACCACAUAGCGCACACGAAGCCAGGGCAGUGGACACCAGUCUGACCCUGGCUCUCCAAGGGGACCUCCAGGAAGACGUCAAGGGCUGUCCUCAGCACGCCAGCCAGGACGUCCCCCAACCCCUUCAGGGUGCUCCGACAUGAAGUGAGCCCCCCCCCCCCGCACCGGCCUCCACCGCCAGCCCCACCCAGCAUCACCCACCUGGCUGUGACGAGGUCCAGAAGCCAGUGUGUCCGCACCUGCUCAAUGCCGCCAUGAGGGACAGCACCCACGUAGGCGAGGUUGAGCUGCUGAUCCCAGCUGAGGACGAACUGGUCGGCCUGGUUGUGCGGCAGCGGGGGGCUGGGGACAGACAGGGUGCCCUGCGUUGGUGCCGACCAGGGCCCGAAGAGGGGUACCAGUGAACAAUAAACUGCCACAGGGCAGGAA